AUGGGAACGCUACUGGAACGCGAUAAUCUAGAUGUCUGUUGCAGGGGUGUCUUACUUUUCCCCCGUCCCUUGUUUCUCUCACCAUUCUCAAAGUGUGUACGUGUGCACCGGGGUGAUGUUUUGCUGAGGUGUGAUUUGCCAGGGUGUGCGGAUCACGACAUGGGGGCCAGAAAGCUGAGCUGAGCCGGAGGUGGAAGGUACCACACUCUAUAAUAUAGGUAGGCAAUGAGCUAUGUAUGAUAGCUCUGAGGGUGAGGGAUGUCCGAUAUACAAGAUUGGGAUGUGUGAGAGGUUCGUAAAAGGAGAAAAGGGGGGAAGAUAAAGAAAUCCCUAUGCAAAUGCUAUAAUCGUCAUAACCCAAGAAAAGAAAUGUACAAAGCGAGGUGAAAGGAAAACCCGGUGGCUCAUACAAUAACUCCGGCUCGGAGCCAGAAAGAGACAGUAUAAAAAAGUAUAAAAAAAACCCCCAAGAUCCGCUACAAAGGUUUAAGCAGCCAACAAAAUGAUACAAAUGAAGGAUAGGGCAGAUAGAACACAGGAAAUAAAAAAAGAUCCAGAACUAGAAAUUAUUAGUGUAAUACAUCACCCCCGCUCCCGAAAAAAAAAACCUCCAAGCCAAAAACUCCCGUUUAAAAUCCAUAAUACCCUGACAUCAAAAAAAAAAAAAAAA